ACGAUUUCGAGUCGCACGGAGUGUAAAGAAAGACAGAUCGGAACUACCGAUCACCAGGUCUCGCACGAUUCAUGGUGUGGCACACAGUCCUACAGACCCCUGCCAAUGCACCUAGAGGACCUACCUUGAAACGUCUUCCAGUCGACCCAAAGUGAACGACACGCCGACUACGAGUCUGAAUAGAAGCGGGAGGACGCUACCCCAAAGUCCGCAAUGGAGAUUGAUCAUCAUCACUGUGUGUGCAUUAGCAGCUUGGCUACAAUAGUAGCUCCCGCCGUUAAUCAAACCUCUCUCCCUCCCUAAUGUCUGAAUACGACAUAAUUGGUCUAAUCUGUGUAGCCUGCCUUGACGUGUGCGCCGGCAUCUGCUUCGAUUUUACCUCUCUCAGGCAUAGCUUCACGGAGAAUCUAUGCAGUUGCAGUUGUUGUCGCUGCUGCCAGCCUCCUAGUGACGACGACGAGGUCGACGAAGAGCGGGCGCCGCUGCUUCGGAACGCAAUAUCCCAACCCCAG